AUGGGGACGCUGUCCACGGCGAAUGAACCACCGUUUAAGCUCCUCGCUACGAGCUUCAGACUCCAUUUAGCUCAGGGCUGGGGCUGUGCAGUUACAAGCGCAGCAGAGCCUUCCUGGAGCAGUGCUAGCCCUGAUGAGCACCGGUGUCACUCCACCCUGCAUGUGCUGGAAGCAACACAUUCCACCAUCUCACCCGACCUGGGAAAUGCUGGUGGUUUUUGGAUGACUGACAGACCCUCAAAGGACGACUCUGUUCCCUUCGAAAUUGCUGGACAAGGAUUGAGAGAUCUACAGGGUCUUCCUGGAAAAGCAGGACCUCCAGGAAUAAAAGAAGAUUUAGGACCACAAGGAGAGAAGGUAGAAAAAGGAAAAUGUGGAAGUGUAGUAACUGAUGACCUGCAGAGACAAGUAACUGCUUUGGAAACAGAAGUAAAGAUUUUGAAUUAGACACAUAUGAAAAUCUUUGGUUCUAGAGAGCAUCACGAGUAUUGGUGAAAAAUGUUUGUCUCAACUGGAAAAGAAGAUACUUUUGACAAUGGAAAAUCCCUUUGUGCAGAAGCUGGAAGUGCACCUGCAUCUCCUGGGAAUGAGGCUGAGAAUACAGCUUUAAAAGACUGAAUAAGACCUUCAAAGCAGGCUUAUACAGGAAUAUCUGAUGAACUGACUGAAGGCAGGUUCAUGUAUUUGAAUGGAGGGGCUGUAACUUACACAAACUGGAAUGCUGGAGAACCAAAUAAUCUAAACAAUGAAGACUGCACAGUAAUACAAGACUCUGGAAAAUGGAAUGACAUUAAUUGUUCAAAUUCACAUACCUUAAUUAUUUGUGAAUUCUUGAGCUGA